CGAGCUGCUCUUCUGAUGUUGAAGCUCACGCCUUUCCACUCUCUCCAACAAUACCUUCCUCACAACCUCCAUUUGUCUCUUUUCCAAACCUGCUCAGCCCCACAAGAAGUUGAACAACUCCACGCUUUUUCCCUGAAAACAGCCAUUUUUAAUCACCCUUUUGUCUCUUCUCGCCUCUUAGCUCUUUACUCGGACCCAAAAAUCAAUGAUCUCGGUUACGCCCGAUCCGUUUUCGACCGAAUUCAACGACGGAGUUUGAUUCAUUGGAACACUAUCAUUAAAUGCUAUGUUGAAAAUCAAUUUUCCCAUGAUGGUAUUGUUCUUUUCCAUGAAUUGGUUCAUGAAUAUCUGCCUGAUAAUUUCACUUUGCCUUGUGUGAUUAAGGGUUGUGCUCGGUUGGGUGUGGUUCAGGAGGGGAAGCAGAUUCAUGGGUUGGCUUUGAAAAUUGGGUUCGGGUCUGAUGUGUUUGUGCAGGGUAGCUUGGUGAAUCUGUAUUCCAAGUGUGGUGAGAUUGAUUGCGCUCGUAAGGUGUUUGAUGGAAUGAUUGAUAAGGAUGUGGUUUUGUGGAACUCUUUGAUUGAUGGGUAUGCUAGAUGUGGGGAGAUUGAUAUUGCAUUGCAGUUGUUUGAGGAGAUGCCUGAAAGAGAUGCUUUUUCGUGGACUGCUUUGGUUGAUGGGUUGUCGAAGUGUGGCAAGGUGGAGAGUGCUAGGAAGUUAUUUGAUCAGAUGCCUUGUAGGAACUUGGUUUCUUGGAAUGCUAUGAUUAAUGGGUAUAUGAAAUCGGGGGAUUUUGAUUCAGCACUUGAAUUGUUUUAUCAGAUGCCAAUAUGGGAUUUGGUUACAUGGAAUUUGAUGAUUGCAGGGUAUGAAUUGAAUGGGCAGUUUAUGGAUGCUGUGAAGAUGUUUUUUAUGAUGUUGAAAUUGGGUUCUAGACCUAGUCAUGCUACUUUAGUCAGUGUUCUUUCUGCUGUGUCGGGAUUAGCUGUUCUUGGUAAGGGAAGAUGGAUUCACUCUUACAUGGAAAAGAAUGGAUUUGAGCUGGAUGGUAUACUUGGGACAUCCUUGAUAGAAAUGUAUGCAAAGUGUGGGUGCAUUGAGAGCGCUUUAACAGUUUUUCGAGCAAUACAGAAGAAGAAGGUGGGGCAUUGGACUGCUAUAAUUGUAGGAUUAGGAAUCCAUGGUAUGGCCAAUCAUGCUCUUGCGUUAUUUCUUGAAAUGUGCAAAACUGGCUUAAAGCCUAAUGCUAUCAUUUUCAUUGGAGUGUUGAAUGCUUGUAAUCAUGCAGGAUUGGUUGAUGAUGGUCGUCGGUAUUUUGAUAUGAUGAUGAAUGAAUACAAAAUAGAACCCACACUGGAACACUAUGGCUGCUUGGUGGACAUUCUAUGUCGAGCUGGACAUCUUGAAGAGGCAAAGAAUACCAUAGAGAAUAUGCCAAUAAGUCCAAAUAAAGUAAUUUGGAUGAGUUUACUUGGUGGUUCUAGAAACCAUGGAAAAAUAGAUAUUGGGGAAUAUGCAGCUCAACGUGUAAUUGAGGUGGCUCCAGAGACCAUUGGAUGUUAUAUUCUUUUGUCUAACAUGUAUGCAGCAUCUGGAAUGUGGGAAAAAGUUUCACGUGUACGAGAAAUGAUGUACAAGAGAGGAUUUAGAAAAGACCCAGGAUGCAGUUCAGUAGAGCAUAAAGGCACACUUCAUGAGUUUAUUGUGGGUGAUAUAUCACAUCCUCAAACUAAGGAGAUAUAUGCUAAGAUGAGUGAGAUGAAGGAAAAACUAAAAUGUGUGGGACAUGUUCCAGACACAACCCAAGUUCUGCUGUGUAUUGAAGGGGAGAAAGAGAAGGAAGCUGAACUGGAAAACCACAGUGAGAGGUAAGUAUGCAAGAAAAGGGAAACACAAACUAUGGCAACAAAGGAGCUGGUCUCAUUAGUAAUACAGUAGUUCCAAGCAGUUCUACUAGCAAAUUACAUCAUUACCAACCCAAUCCACA